UUAAACAGAGGCUACAACAGUUGGGCUCCCACCCUCUCAAGAAAUCACUCAUCAUUUCAUACGCCUGGAACAUUAUGAUUUGAUAGAGGAAAAGAAGCUUCGCAUCUAGCAAUGGGGAUUCCUGGACUAACAAGUUAUAUCAACUCAAUCGGAACGCUUUGGACACAGAUCGAUCUUAAAAAUACAAAACUUAUCAUCGAUGGAUCUUGUCUGUGCCAUUAUCUUUACUAUAGCAAUGGCUUAGACUGCCGAUGUGGUGGUCAGUACCAAGAAUAUUAUGAUGCUGUAGUUUCGUUUUUCGAUGCUCUGGUUUCGAACGGCGUGGAGGCCUAUGUUGUAUUCGAUGGAGCACAUGAUCCCAGCGACAAGAAGUUGGAGACACUUAAAGCACGAGCAAAGGAGAGGGUUCAAACAUCAAAUGCUUUGUCGAAAUCCGCUGAUGAUCGUUUGUUCUUACUUCCGCUUUUGGCAAGGCACGUGUUCUUGGAGGCACUCAGGAAUCGCGGCGUAAAAUUCGUUUCCAGUGAUAGGUAGGAGUGAUUUAUUUGUGAUAAUGCACUUUGAAAUGAUUUCAAGAGAAGUAGCCCGUGUAGCCUCUUUUAAUGACCCCACCAUAAAGGCUUUUGAUCACAUCGAAACAACAAAAUAACAAAAUCUUCUACUAGACAACACACAGGACCAUCAAAUAGAAUAGGACAGAUAGUAAGUUUUGAGCUCGGUAAAGAAAAAGAGAAAGAUGUUUUUCGACUUCAGUGCCUCGAGCGUGGAAGAAAAAAAAAAUCUGAGCCGCCAUAUGGAAUCGAACCUCAGACCUUCAGUAUCCGCGCUCUGAUGCUCUACCACUGAACCACAGAGACUCUGUGAUGAGCGAGGCUCAUUACGAAGUUAAUAUAUGACACGCGUCCCGAAUACUGCUAGGAUUAGCUAUGUCAUUAGCGUCAUGUUUGUAAAUAUGAGAAGAAAUAUGGUAAGUUUUGAGCUCGGUAGAGAAAUAGAGGAAGAUGGGGAAACUUGAUUGGGCUUUAUGACUUUUCAAGUCACAUAAAAAGUUCAGUAUGUAUGCCUUUUUCUUAUUCUUCCAUGAGAUUUUCUUUCAAAUUGAAAAUCGUGUACAUGUAGAAGGAACGUUAGAAGAGGCUUGGUGGAUAUUACUUCUCCAGCUCUUGGCUCGCCCUAAAAGAUAUACAUCUAACCUCACUUCCUUUUUUUUUCUCAACAGUGAAGCCGACACAGAAAUUGCCUCGUUGGCUUAUGUGUGGAAUUGUCCAGUUCUUAGCAAUGACAGUGACUUCUUUAUCUUUGACAUCAAAGCUGGGUACGUUCCUCUUGCUUUCUUUACCUGGAAUUCCAGUUGUUUGUCAGUGAGGGUCUUCCAUCGGCAAAAACUGGCGUCGCACUUCCGAAUUCGUGCAGAAUUAAUUCCCUUGUUGGCUUCGUUGGCAGGAAAUGACUACGUGAGUUGUGAUUUAUUAGUUGAGUUUAACCGUGUGUUGAAUGGUUUUCAGACUUCCAACCAUUUUAGUAAAAAAGGAGCUCGAUUUGAAAGCAUUGCGAACAUGCUAUCCAAACUUCCUGACUCAAACGAGGAAGAGGCUUUGAAAUGUGCCCUGAAAAUGGUGAAGUCAGCUGAAAACAGAGAACAACUUAGAGAAGCUGUUGAACUUUCUCUCCAGGAAUAUACACUUUCAGAGUCGAAUCUAUUGGGCUAUUUCCAAGACGACUUAGUCUCUAGCUCCCUAAGAACGCAGAGUAAUCGCGAGAUCAACCAGUGGGUCUUGCACAGGUUCCGAGAUGGAAAGUUUUCCUCCAAAUGCAUCAGCAGCUUGACAUCGGGGAAACUGUUCAUGGGAAUUCCCGUUGAGAAUUGUAGAGAAAUAUCGGCGAACUGUUGCUCUAAGUGGCUAAGGAGAUUCGUGUAUGGAAUUUUGAACGAUGCUGAAACAAAAGCAGAGGAAGGAAAUAUAAAGGUGAUCCAAGAAUGGGACAGAGUGGGCUUAAGUGUCCAACAAUCAAUUGUAAAACCCUACCAAGAGGGCGUAGUCCCUUCUUUGAGCCUAAUCCCGUACCUCGAUCUCGGAGAGCGUGUAAAUUUUUUGUUGUUUGGACUCGAUUCGGACACCACAGAUGUUAGAUCCUUAGGUAAAAGGUUUAUUUUGAUUGCUGCAUCACUUCGUUACCUCAUAAAAAACGCGCAACCGCCCUUGGAUACAAACCAUCUGAUCGCUUUACUGUGUUGUUGUGUUAAAUUGGAGAAUGACGAGUUCCACAAUGGUGAAGAAAACACUGUCAGUCCAAAACGCUUCUCAUGGCCAUUUGACAUACGAGCGGCGCAAAGCUUUGCUCAAUGGCAGUGUGUUCUGAGAGACGCAAUUCAUCUAAACUUUAAUUUGCUUGAGCCUGUACCUGUACCAUUUAUUCAUAAGACGUUCAAUGGAAAAAUGGCACAAAAACUGCUUGAAAGUUUGCAACAUGGUAAGUCUGAAAAUUAACCCUUGCAAUCCAAUACUUUAGAAAAUAUGAAUAUGAUGUGAAUAUUUGUUUAGUGCGCCUGAGUUCCCUGUUUUCAAGUCAGAACUAAUAGUGAAGCAAAUAAACGUAAUUGCUGUGUUUGACUUGGAAGAUGAGACCGAUAAUAGUUCUCAUGGAACAGGAGAGGGGGGCACUGUUAUUGGUACUAAAAGGUUCUCAAACAUACAACAGCACUAACUGAUGACUCUUGUUAACUGUGGCACAUGCCAACAUUGCAAGUAACAUCCAUUGAUUUUUUUUUAACUCUCGCGAGUUCAAGUAGAGAUGUGUGGAAAACUGAUGGAAGUGUCCUCUUUUUCUAGGUCGACAACCAGAGCAGCUUCUUCCAGGUUUCAAGCUGUUUCGCUUGUUUCAUAGGCUUCGUCUUGCGGUAACCAGUGGCCUUGUAGAAAAGAUGGUGAGUGUAAAGAGCCACGGAGACAAGAAGAGAGUGAGGAAGACUUCUAAGCAAAAUGCCGCGUCGAGAAAAACAUCAUCUGCUGACGAAAUGCCAGGAAAUCGUUUUUCUGUUCUGUGCAAUGUUGAAGUUCAACGGUGAGAGGGGGAAGUUCCAUUAACGAGCGAGAACAGUGUCGACGGUUUCUAGGAAACAUGUUGCCAGGCAACGCGAGUAAUCUGCUGACGUUACUUCUAGUUGAUGUGAUUACAUGUCAGAAUUGCUUGAUAUACUGCAAAGAUCGCUUCGCUCUUUCUAUGAAAAUUACCCAUGCUGUCUUCUACUUUUUAGAUUGUGUACAAGGUAACCAAUUGUUGAACUCAUUUUUUAAUGUUCAGGAAGAAAAUAGUAUAUGAAUCAUGCUUCACGUCGAAUGAUAACUUGUAGGCAAUUCUCAUUCAUAAAUAUGCCGCAGAAUUCCGGCGGAAGCUAGUUACGUAACGUCAAGCUAAGUUUCCAGGUGAAAUAUCUCAACACCAAAGAGCGCAAAAGAUGCUUCUAAGUUUGGAAUAACAAUUUUCAAAAGAAAGAUAUUAAUUUUUUGCUUAUUGAACCAAACAAACCUGUUAAAUUCCAGUGGAAACUGGCUGUUUAUCUUCCUACAAGUAAUCCGGCAAAACAUCAAACGAACUUCCGGCAGAAUUCGAAAUCUCCUGACUGAGCAAUGAUUCUUCAGACUCAGUGAAUAUUGUUAAAUAAUCUCCCAGCUCGAAUUCGUCUUGAGGAUUAUUUAACAAUAUUUACUUCACCUUUGGCGAAUAUUUGUUAAGUAAACUCUUUCACGAAUACCUCUAGCUUAAAUAAAGUUUUAGAAGUACCUAAGUUUGAGAAAAUUUCUUGCAAGGCGAAAAGUAAUAUUGGUGACGUGACUCCUUGCCAAAUACUACAGCUAUUACCAAGCUAACAACUUGAAACUCUUCGAUAUCUUUAAGGAGAAAUCUCGUACGAUCCGCUUCUUCUCAAAUAAUAGUAACGCCUGCUUAGUUUUACUUUUCACGUCGUAUACUGGUCAGCCGAUUCUUGGUAUAAUUCAGGAAGAUUUUAAAAGUACACGCACAUUACUUAUCUUUUCACCCAACAAACUGAACGCGUAAUUCUACCUUCAAUUAUUCAUAAUUAACAUCUUCAUUUCUUUACUACAUCAUUUGCUUUACUUUCAAGUCAACUUUUCUAUUAUAAGCUAAUGACGGUUAAGUUCAGUUUCAUAUAAUGUGAAAACGAAAGAAAAUUAGCAUUAUUGGACUUACUGCUCUGUUUGCUUUACCGAUUGCUUUUGUUUAAUUUAGGGGAAAACUUCAGUCGCCCACUCCACUGAUGGGUGAGGAAGCUGAGAAGAAACAAAGAGGGUAUCUGUGGUUAUUAACUUUGAAUAAUAUUAUUAGCAGCAACACUCACAUGGCAGUUGAGUGUUUUCUUCAUUAAUCUCCUUUUCAAAGCUUCCAUUGGCCAGCAAGGGAAACUAGGUUCGCGACUACCUUUUACUAGUACAUCAUACUUUCCGAUUUAGACUUUCCUAGGAGGGGAAUUUCAUUUUCGCGUGACUAACAAAAAAAUUAUGAAACGGGG